UUACGUUUCGCGCUUUUCCUUUUGACCCUGCCCCUCUGCCGUAGUGGUACAUAGACCAGCCAUUACAGGUGCAAAUCGUGUUAUUGUACAUAUUGGGAGAGGUAACAAGGACAGCAAACAUGUUGGCCACAGUCAGCAAGCAGCUUAGGAGCCAUCCGGCGCUUAUCCCCCUCUUCUUUUUCAUCGGUGGAGGCGCUGUCAUGUCCAUGAUGUACCUGGCUCGUCUUGGCAUGGGCCCCCAUGUCAGCUGGGAUCGCAAGAACAACCCUGAGCCAUGGACCAAAAUGGACCCAACUAAUCAGCAGAAGUUCUACGCUGUGAACAUGGACUACAAGACGCUGAAGAAGGAGGGACCUGACUUCUAAAUACCCAACCGUGGUCUCCGCUGGGCGGGUCCUUUGCCGAGCCAAUCGGUUCCGUCUGCACAACCACACCCCCCCCCAUACUCGCCCUCUCAUCUUCACCCUCAUUCCCUCUGGGGGGGGAGACCCGCUCACCAUCAGCCUUUCUGUUCCUCUGGGUGCUCUUUGGUUCUUCUGGGUUUGCUCAUCGCGUACCUUUUUGAACCAUGUCAUCAAUUCAACUUUCUCAUGGUUGUUAAUAAAAAAGGAGGUUUAUCUCCAAUGUACAGGGAA